AUGGCCUGCAAAGUACCAGAUCGUAACUGCAAUGGAAAUGAUCCAGUGCACAUACCACAUGAAUGGUAUCAGCCAAGCAAAAUCCUCACUGGAGGAAUAUUCACCCAUAUCUUCAUUCUUUUACCUGAACUUUCUUUUCAGAUGGACCCUGCAGAGGAAGAGAUUAGUGGCCAAAUGAUGAUCCCAAGGUUCUACCAACACAUCCUAGCCUUAGCAUUUGCCAUCCAUGAGAUCAAUGGGAUUCCCAACAUACUGCCCAAUGCCACUCUUGGAUUCCGCAUUUAUGAUAGCUACCACAAUGUAAGGAUGACGUACCGCACCACACUGGACCUGCUGUUCAAAUUACAUCAAUUUCUCCCAGGUUACAAAUGUGGCAUCCAGACACAGCUAAUGGGAGUCAUUGGUGGACUUAGGUCUGAUACCUGUUCACAGAUGGCAGAUAUUUUAAGCCUUUACAAGAUUCCACAGUUUUCAUAUGGCUCAUUUCAACCAGCAGCAAAAGAUGAAACUGGGUUCCCUUCCUUUUAUCACAUGGUCCCCAAUGAAGCCAUUCAGUACCAGGGAAUUGUUGACUUACUUGUGCAUUUCAAAUGGAAAUGGGUUGGUCUGAUGACAUUUGAUGAUGAUGGUGGAGAACAUUUCUUGCAGACCAUUGAGGCAAUGCUUUCCAAGUCUGGAAUUUGUUCAGCCUUCACAAAUAAAGUUCCAGUCACUGUGCGUAUAUUUGAAAUGAGUGAUAUGAACAAAUACAUUAUGAACAGUAUUCCAGUUUUCAAAGACAGCAAAGCCAAUGCAGUUGUCAUAUAUGGAGAAAAUGCCAACAUUGGAUGGUUGGCUGCCAUUCUCUUAGGAAUAAAUGAGUCUCUUGCAACUGAUCUUCAAUACAAUGAGAAGACAUCUUUUGGAAGGGUAUGGAUUACUACAGCCCAGAUUGAUUUUGCACUCUUUAUAUUACAAAGGAGUUGGGAUAUCAAAAUGUUCCAUGGUGCUAUUUCCUUCACAAUUCCUUCAAAUGAGAUUCCAGGUUUCCAACCAUUUCUUCAGAGUUUAAGCCCUACUCAAGCGAAAGGAAAUGGUUUUAUCAAAGACUUCUGGGAGCAAGCAUUUGACUGUCUUGUUUCAGACUCCAAUGUUCCCACAGAUGAUGCAUGUACUGGUGAGGAGAGGCUGCAAAACAUACCUAGACAGUUUUUUCAAUUGAAGAUGACUGGCCACAGCUACAGUAUCUAUAAUGCUGUUUAUGCAGUGGCACAUGCUUUACAUGUCAUGUACAGGACUAGCUCCAAGUUCAGAAAAAUGGAGAACAGAGACAAGCCAAAUUCUUGGCAAGUGGAACCUUGGCAGCUCCAUUCUUUGCUUAGGAAUAGCCCAUUCAACAACAGUGUUGGAGAUGAAGUUAUGCUUAAUGAACAUGGAGAAUUAGUAGGUGGAUUUGAUAUUACAAACAUGGUCACUUUCCCGAAUAACUCCUAUGCCCGAGUCAAAGUGGGAAGGCUGGAUCCUCAGGCUCCUCCAGACAAAAUGAUAACCCUUAAUAAGGAGAGACUUGAGUGGCACAGAGGCUUGUCUCAGGCGCCUCCAUUAUCCUUGUGCAAUGAGCAAUGCUAUCCUGGGUACAGCAGGAAAAAGAAGGAGGGGAAGAAAUUUUGUUGCUAUGAUUGUUCUCCGUGUCCAGAAGAGAUGAUCUCGAACCAGAAGGAUUUGGAUUACUGUACCAGAUGCCCAGAAGAUCACUUCCCAAAUCACCGCAAAGAUGAGUGCAUUCCCAAGAUCCAAAGCUUUCUAUCUUUUGAAGAGCCAUUAGGUGUUACUUUAGCUACUUUGUCUCUUCUCUUUUCUCUGAUCACAGCUCUGGUGCUUACAGUCUUCAUUAAGCAAAAGGAAACUCCCAUUGUCAAAGCCAACAACCGAAGUCUCACCUACCUUCUCCUAACUUCUCUCCUCCUCUCCUUCCUCUGUUCUUUGCUAUUCAUCGGACAACCCAAUAAGGUCACCUGCCUCCUCAGACAAACAGCUUUUGGCAUCAUCUUCUCCGUUGCUGUUUCUUCCAUUUUGGCUAAAACCAUUACAGUGGUUGUGGCUUUCAUGGCCUCUAAGCCAGGAAACAUUUUCCGGAAAUGGGUGGGGAAGAGAUUGGCACAUUCUAUUGUCUUGUGCAGCUCUCUUGUUCAAGUUGGAAUUUGUGCAGUUUGGUUGGCUUCUUUCCCCCCAUUCCCAGAUUUGGACAUGCAUUCAGUGUCUGGAGAAAUCAUAGUUGAAUGUAAUGAAGGGUCGGUCACCAUGUUCUAUUGUGUCUUGGGUUACAUGGGCUUUCAGGCUACUGUCAGCUUCACUGUGGCUUUCCUAGCCAGGAAGUUGCCAGACAGUUCUAAUGAAGCCAAAUUCAUAACUUUCAGUAUGUUGGUCUUCUGUAGUGUUUGGGUCUCCUUUGUUCCUUCCUACCUCAGCACCAAGGGGAAAUACAUGGUGGCUGUGGAGAUCUUCUGCAUCUUGUCAUCCGGUGCAGGGUUACUGGUUUGCAUCUUUUUUCCUAAAUGCUACAUUAUUGUGCUCAGGCCUGAUUUGAACAAAAAGGAGCAGCUAAUAAGGAGAAAACAUUAA